AUGUGUCACAUGAAGUGGGUGAGGUCAGCUCUGUCAAGUGAGGCACUGCUGGAGGGCAAGGGGCCCCCUACCCAUUCAUGCAUUCUGCUGGGGCCAGAUGUUCAGUGCGGGGGACCUUGUCUGUCAGGUUUCCUGGGCCUGAUGAGUGCCUAUGAGCAACUUUCACUAAGAAGCCACGGGGCCCCUGAGCUGAUUAUAACCAAACAUCCAUCCAACGCCCCUUCCACUGGACUCAACUUUGUUUUUCCACAGGAGUCACCCCCAACCCCGUAUGAGGUUCUGGAGGCUUUAGGGGAUUGA